AUGCUGUAUGAAGAGCAAUUUUGGGGACUUCCUCAUUGGGCGAUUUUACGGCUGUGCGAAUCAGGAACGUGUUUGAACCUUGCACCUGCAAUCCCGUCUGGUAUGCCUUUUAUUGAUUUUUUCAAGAAGAAGAAGAAGAAAAAGAAGGGGACAUUAUCGCCGGGUCAGCCUGCUUCGAAUGCCCCUUCUGUCGCGCCAGUAUCGUCGUCCCCGGGCGACACGCCCACCACUGGCAGUACUGUUUGGCACGGCGUUCUGAGCGUGCUGUGUAUUGCGAAGGAGACGCUAGACAGUGUCCCGGUUCCUGGCCUCAAGGGUGCAAUAGGUGGCUUUCUCGAAGUAGUUAACCAGCUGGAGGCGGUCGAUGGGGUCGGCGAUGCGAUUAUUUUGGAGGCACUCAAACAAUACCAACGGGAAGAUGCUGUGUCUCCUGAACUUGUCCAGCCCAUCGAGGCUUUGUCAAGGUAUGUUAUGCCUCCUCAGCGCUUCUCGGGGGUGGAAUCAUCCAACCGUUCUUUCAGCGAACUUAUUGCGAUCGCUAUGCCACUCCAAUCGUACUGCAAGAAGAGCACUGUCUACCUGUGGGCGAAUCGCGACAAAAUUCAAGGCGAUAUCCGCUCAGCUGGGGAAAAAGUGAACAAUUCUGUGACAGCCUUUCAGGCUGCGCACUUGGUCGCGACUCGCUUAGGAGUGGCUCGGAUUGAGGCUCUCUUAAACUCCGAGUUAACCAAUGCCCUGGAAACUCCAGAACGAAAUGAAGGUAGUUGUCCGACCCUGGCGCAGAAAUCAUAG